GCAGCAAGUGUCCCUGUCCCUGUUCCCAGUCCCCACUUCCCACCGGUGGUUUCCCUCCAGAAAAAAAGAAAGUAUCCUUCCACACCAUCACUAGUUUUGAUUCCUAGAAGCAUCCAUUCUUGACCACUCUAGGUAUCAUCGCUGCAAGCAUCCUACUAUAUAGACCCCUGAUCCAAACUCAACUCACUCACUCGCCCAUGAGCAGAGGUGCCUCCAUGGAUACAAUCAGCCUUGACGACUGGGAGCUCCUCCUGCCUGAUCACAAGAGCUCCUUCCUCGUGGACGUGGAGUGCAGCAAUGGCAGCCAUGGCGUUGUCGUCGGCGGUAAGGACCAGCUCUUGCUCGGAGCCGAGCUGGUCGUGAUCGACAUGGACCACUUCGGCUCCACGUCAUCUCACCCUCCUCCCUAUGACUACUGCAUCCUAGAUGAGGAAGCCAAUGAGAAGCUACCAUCAGAAGAUGCCUAUGGUCAUGAUCCGAUCGCCAUUGAUGUCUACGAAGCAGAAGAGCAAGAGGAGACGACGAUCAAGUCCGUCAAAGAGGCCGAUCAGGACGACGACGUGCUGGUUGAAGCUGCUGUACCUGAUGGCGUCAGUCAGCGUGCUCGGGAGGAGGAAGAGGAAGAAGGCGUCAGCAAGACUGGCUUCAGCGUGGGGAGCCUGAGAGUGAACGGUGUCGGCGCGCUCUGCUCGUUCGGGGUCGCAGCCGCCACGUUCUGCAUCUUGCUUCUUGGUGGUGGUGGUGGCAAGCAGCAGCAGCAACUGCACAAGAGGCAGGGUCACAAGAUCCAGCUCCAGCAGAUGUAUGCUGGCGAUGAGAGGAUUCAGCAGGUUGUGCAGCAGGCAUCCAGGCUGAACCAGACCAUGUCGUCGGUGAUGGGAGGCGCAUCAUCUGCACGGGCAAGCAUAUCAUUCGGCGGGUACUACCAAGGGUUUUGAUCUGCCAAAGCUUCUAAUUUCACGCAUUAUUAGAUAGAUUUAGUAUUUUUUGUAGAUUGUUUAUAUUGGCCAGGGCCCAUCUCCAAGUGACCCUAAGGUGUAUAUAUAGUACCAUUCUAUGCUCUCUAGCAUCAUGUACAAUAAGAAUGUCAUAUGAAUUCGAAUGAAUAUAUAAAACAGAUAUAUAUCA